UCCUUUUGUCCGUUCCAAUCCACAUUGUCAAUCCGUCUCAGUCAAGCACAGUAAGGCUGCACCCAACUGUCUCGCUAGGAACACCACACCCAUCCCCUCCUAGCAACCCAUCGCAUCUCUCUACCUGACCACCUCCGUCAUCUCCUUUCCCCGCGGACACCUGCUACAUACGUUCCCAAUUGACAACUCAACAAGCCCAACUCAAUAUACUACACCCCCAUUCCUAAACCUCCAGCACAGCAACCGCAACAAUGGCCCAACUCAACUACCGCACAAUCAACAUCGAUGUCCUGGACCCCGAGUCCUCGAUCAACUUCCCCAUGGAGACUCUCCUCCCACCCACUCUCCCCGCCCCGACGACCUCCGGUGCCGCCGCCUCCGUCGUAAACCAGGUGCGCCAGCUCCUCCGCAGCGGCGACAACGAGGGAGCUCUACGGUACGUGCUCGAGACGGCGCCGCUGGGUGGCGAUGACCGCGCAAAGGAGGUGCAUUUGGCCGCUGUCGUGGAGGUCUUGCAGGGUAUUCGUCAGGGAGAGAUGAGUCGCGUGCUGGAGUCUGUGUGUACCGGUGAGGGUGGGUCGGAGAGAGCGGAUUCUUUGAUGAAGUAUUUGUACAAGGGCAUGGCGGCGCCAGCUCCCAGUAGCGCGGCACAGUCGCCUCGCAUGUCGCCGCAGAGUACGGGAUUCUCGCAGAUUCAGGCCCGCAAUCUGGGUGAGGGAGGUGGUGGACAGCAGAUGAGUGUGUUGUUGAACUGGCAUGAGAAGUUGGUGGAGGUUGCGGGGACGGGGUCGAUUGUUAGGGUCAUGACGGAUCGGAGGACUGUUUAAAUUGCAUGAUUCUUGUUGUGUUUUGAUCUGGGCUGUUGUAUGU